ACGCAUUUCUCUGUCAACCAGAAGGCUCUUCGACGCUUCGCGAUCGAAUCGAUCGCAAAUGAUAUGAUUAUUAGUAACGUUUCGAUAAGUUUCAAUAAGUCAAUAAGACUAUGGCGUGUGAGAAAAACGGUGUGGAAAAGAAUGGUGAAUUGAAAUCCAAAGAAAAAAUCAGAGAGGCCGCCGAUCAAAAACCUAAAAAACCCAAAGAACCGUCCCUGAGCUACUUCAGAUUGUUUGAAUUUGCCACAACUUUGGACAAAUGCUGCAUGCUAGGCGGGGUGAUUUGCGCCGCUAUAAGCGGCAUCAUACAGCCCUUUUUGAUGGAGUUCUUCGGCGACGUGACCGGCGCCAUAGUCACCUACGCCACCAAGUACGAUCCCGAAUUAUUCGAAGAUGAAUUGAACGAAAUCAAUGCUGAUCUUGAGUACGCUGUACUCCUAUUCGCCAUCAAAUCCUGCGUUAGCGGUCUGGUAGUCAUUAUAGUUACCUAUUUGGCCACUGUUUUCUUCAAUUACAGCGCCAUCCGACAGAUUUACAAAAUUAGGAAGAAAUUUUUGGAGAAGACGCUCGAUCAGGACAUGGAGUGGUUCGAUUUGAACAGAACGGGGGAUUUCGCGACAACGUUUACACAGAAUAUAUCGAAAAUCGAGGAUGGAAUCGGAGAUAAAAUCGCAAUUUUCAUAUAUUUCGAAUCGUGUUUCUUGGCUGGAGUUGUUAUGGGCAUUGUAAAAGGUUGGAAAUUGGCUUUAGUUUGUAUGGUAUCCAUGCCGCUAUCCACCGCAAUAAUGGCUGUAUUAUCUUGGAUAUCAACGAAAUUUUCCGCGCAAGAAAUGGAAGCGUACGCCAAUGCCGGAGCUAUAGCAGAAGAAGUACUCAGCUCCGUGAAAACGGUAGUAGCGUUCGACGGUCAAGACAAGGAAACCACCAGAUACAACAAACAUCUCGUCUUCGCCAAGAACAAUAACAUCAAACGCGGGUUCUUCAGCGCCCUCAGCAACGGCUGUCUGUGGUUCUUCGUUUACGCUUGCUACGCUCUCUCCUUUUGGUACGGCGUCACGUUAAUCCUGGAAGAAAAGCACCUUCCGAUCGAACAGCAAGUCUACACUCCCGGCAACAUGGUGACGGUGUUCUUCUGCGCUUUAAUAGCCACUUGGAAUUUCGGACAAGGGGCGCCUCUGCUGGAGACGUUCGGAGCAGCUAAAGGAGCCGCUCAGAAGAUAUUCGCUGUCUUAGACAGCGAACCUAAGAUCAAAAAGGGCGCCAACGCCGGACGGAAAUUGAAGAAGUUCUCCAAGCACAUCAAAUUCGACAAGGUCAUCUUCAAUUACCCAUCCAGACCGGACGUUAAAGUUCUGCAAGGAUUCAAUUUGCAAAUCAAUCACGGCGAGACUGUAGCUUUGGUGGGUAGCUCGGGAUGCGGAAAAUCCACUUGCAUACAAUUACUCCAACGAUUCUACGACCCCAUGAUAGGAAAAAUAAAAAUCGACGAUGUGAAUAUAAAAGAUUUGAAUCUACCGUGGCUCAGGCAAAAAAUCGCCGUGGUCAAUCAGGAACCCGCGCUGUUCGGCACCACCGUAGCCGAGAAUAUCAGAUACGGGAAACUAACGGCGACGCAGAAGGAAAUCGAGGAAGCCGCGAAGAAAGCCAACGCUCACAAGUUCAUCAUGUCCUUACCGAACGGGUACGAAACGCUGCUGGGAGAACGCGGUUCCCAGCUGUCGGGGGGGCAAAAACAGAGAAUAGCCAUAGCGAGGGCUCUGGUGAAACGGCCGGACAUCCUGCUGUUGGACGAAGCCACUUCCGCUUUGGACACAACCAGCGAAGCAGAAGUCCAAGCUGCUUUAGAUUCAAUUAGCGGUACUUGUACGACAAUAAUCGUCGCCCAUCGCUUGUCCACUAUCAGAAACGCUAAUAGAAUCGUGGUGGUGGACGCCGGGAAGGUCCUGGAAGUGGGAUCUCAUUCCGAGCUCAUGGAAAAGCAAGGAGAAUACUACAAUUUAGUAACCUCGCAGGGUUUAACGGAUACCAACGAUGAAGAGGUUCAUAGGAGGUUAAGUCGGACAACAAGUGGUCUGGCUAAAUCGGUUAGCGAGGAAUCCGAAGAAGAAUUUGAAGAAGAAAUUAUCGAAGAGCAACCGAAAACCAAAGGAGUGUUGGGAAAAGUCAUGAAAAUCAACAGAGCCGAAUGGUUUUACAUAUUCUUGGGCUGCUUGUCUUCUCUAGUAACAGGAGCUUCGUUGCCUGUUUACGGAGUUGUCUUUGGUAACAUCAUGGGAGUUCUAGCUAACGAUAACGAUGCACAAAUCAAAUCCGAAAGUAACAUGUAUUGCGUUUACUUCCUGCUACUGGGGAUUUCCACUGGAAUCGCGAUGUUCCUUCAAAUGCUGAGCUUCGUCGUAGCUGGCGAGAAGCUGACGUUGAAGCUGCGCGCCGACGCCUUCAAGGCGAUGCUGCGGCAGGAGAUGGGCUGGUUCGACAGGAAGGAGAACGGAGUGGGGGCGCUGUGCGCUCAAUUGGCCGGCGACGCGGCCGCCGUGCAAGGAGCGGCUGGUACUCAAAUCGGUACAACUUUAAAUUUCUUAUCGACUUUCGUAUUGACGUGCGCUUUUUCGUUCUACUACGAAUGGAGGAUCACUUUAGUGUUAUUAUCCAUGUCUCCCGCCAUAUUUUUCUCCAUAUACUUCGAGCAGAAAAUGAUGAACGAGGACGCUAAAAAGAAUCAAAAAAUGCUCGAGAAAUCUGCUAAGCUCGCUGUUGAAGCUAUCAGUAACAUACGAACAGUAGUAUCGCUCGGUUGCGAGAAAGUCUUCCUGGAUCAGUACAUAAACGAAUUGCUGCCGUAUUUGUCUGUAGCUAAAAGAAAAACGCACAUUCGAGGAAUUGUACUCGGAAUGGCCAGGAGUCUCCUCAUGUUCUCUUACGCUGCUGGUAUAAAGUACGGAGCCAAUCUUAUUAUAGCUGGAGAUAUAAAUUACGGAACGGUUUUUACUGUGAACGAGGUAAUGAUCGUUGGUACUUGGUCAGUGGGAAACGCCAUGUCUUUAUCCCCGAAUUUCCAAAAAGGUUUGCUGGCGGCAUCCAGGAUUAUAGCUCUGUUAGAACGAGUGCCUGUUAUAAGAAAUAUUUUAAAUCCCACGACGACCUUAUGGGACGACGAAAGCGUGGAAUUAUCGCAAAUAUACUUCUCCUAUCCCACGAGGCCGUCAACAUCGAUUCUGAACGCUUUGGAUCUCUCCGUAAUGAGAGGAAAAACGGUAGCUUUAGUGGGAUCGAGCGGUUGCGGCAAAUCGACUAUAAUUCAAUUACUGGAACGUUAUUACGAUCCAGGCUACGGGGACAUCACCAUAGACGGAGAGGACACCAAAGACAUGGACUUGAAAACCCUGCGGUCCCAAAUAGGCAUCGUUUCGCAGGAACCCAAUUUGUUCGAUCUAACCAUUGCCGAGAAUAUCGCCUACGGCGCUAAUUACACUACAGUCGAUAUGGACGCCAUCAUCGAAGCUGCUAAAGCUGCUAAUAUUCAUAAAUUCAUAACUCAAUUACCGCUGGGUUACGAAACGAAAAUAGGAAGCAGGGGUACCCAAUUGUCCGGUGGACAAAAGCAAAGGAUCGCCAUUGCAAGGGCUUUGGUGAGGAACCCAAAGAUCCUGCUAUUAGACGAGGCUACUUCUGCUUUGGACAACGAAAGCGAAAAGAUUGUUCAAGAGGCUUUAGAUAACGCUCGAAAGGGUCGUACGUGCAUCACGAUCGCCCACAGAUUGACGACAAUCCAAGACGCGGACGUAAUUUGCGUCCUACAAGGUGGUUUCGUCGCCGAAAUGGGAACUCACAAGGAAUUGCUCGACAAACGCGGUUUAUAUUACAAAUUUUACAAACUACAGUCGGUAGAAAAAUGAGGAAUUGUUAUAGUACGGAGUUGAAUAAAAGUUUAUUAUAGUAAUAACUUUCUAAAAAU